AUGGAUCCCCUGGAGCGCCAGGUUGAGAAGUUUUGGAAAGUCGAGAACAAUACAGACUCUGUUGCCUUAUCUGUUGAGGACAGAAAGGUUGUGAGGACAUGGGAAGAAUCUAUAAGGCAAGUGGAUGGCCAUUACCAGCUACCCAUUCCAUUUCGAAAUGAGAAUCCGGAUCUCGCCAACAAUGUUACCGCUGCUAAACGUAGGCUGGAUUCGCUGCAACGGAAACUAGAACGUGACGAGAAGCUUUUUGCUGAGUACAAAAAGGGUGUUGAUGACCUUCUGGCGAAUGGCUUCGCGGAGAGGGUGCCAGAUGGUGAGCUUCAAGGUACCCCGGGUAAAACCUGGUACCUCCCGCAUCACGCUGUAUCGAAUCCGAAUAAGGACAAAAUACGAAUCGUCUUUGACUGUUCCGCGGAAUAUAAUGGGGCUUCGCUGAAUUCGAAGGUCAUGCAGGGCCCUGACCUCACCAAUAAACUAGUGGGCGUCUUGCUCCGAUUCAGAGAGGAGAAAACGGCGAUCAUGGCUGACAUCAAGGCUAUGUUCCAUCAGGUGAUGGUCGACCCUACUGACCGAGAUGUCCUCCGGUUCCUAUGGUGGCCUGGAGGUGACAUGAGCAAAGAACCGGUCGCUUAUCGUUUACGUGUCCAUCUGUUUGGAGGGGUGUGGAGCCCCAGCGCGGCUAACUUCGCUGUGAAGCAGGCCGCUCUCGACCAUCGUGAUGAAUUCGACGAUAUCACAGUUGACAGUAUUAACAAUAGCCUUUAUGUCGAUGACCUGUGUAAGUCUGUGGUGUCUACAGAAAUAGGCACUGAGCUGGCUGACCAGCUGUGCAAGCUGCUGAGGCUUGCAGGUUUCCAUCUCACGAAAUGGCUCAGUAAUGAUCGGGAUGUUAUUGGGUCGCUGCCAGAAGAGGACCGAGCGCCAAAAAUCAAAGAUCUGGACCUAGACAAUUCAGACAUACCAACCGAUCGUGUUCUGGGAGUAGUAUGGGACCCUGAGGCUGAUUCCCUCGGAGUCCGUGCCAAAGUCGUUGAUAAACCCUUAACGCGACGUGGGGUACUCAGUGUUGUUAGCUCCGUAUAUGACCCCAUGGGCAUCGUAAGCCCUUUUGUCUUACCUGCAAAGGUGCUCAUUCAGGAACUCUGUCGCCGAGGGGCUGGAUGGGACGAACCCCUGUCUGAGUGUGAAGUUACAGAAUGGAACGCUGGAAAUGUGAUGUGA